AUGUCUAUCGGGUUGCUCAACUACAAGAAGAUCAGAAAAGACUGUUUACAACAACGGCACAUCGCACAUGUAUCUCAGCUCAAAUCUUGGAGGUUGGAGGAUGAACCAGACGAAGCGAGUGAUACCAGCGAGGAAGAAGGACGAGGGCCAAGUGGUGCGACCAGUUGUGAAGAUGAUGCUGAUCCACCACCAGAACACAAGAAGAAUAGCAAAGAGGUUAGGAGGUCAGACAGGGUCAGGAAGAAGCCUUCAAAGCUAGACGAUUAUGUUUAA